AGUUCUGAACAGAAGGAACAGAAGAUUGCAACGUCUCACAAGCAGUUGUUACACUAAAUAUUACCCCGUUUAGUAGUGAACUCUUGGCUGCACUUGAGUAUAGUUCUUUAAUUACACACAUUAAAAUGAUUCUGUAAACACACUUCAUACUGACAUUAUAAGUCCUGAGCAGUAACACACUUUAGUCACUAGAGUCUAUUGAAAAGAAAACAAGGAUGAUUUUGUCAAUAAUAAUGCUAGUAACCAUAAUUCAUUAAACACAGCUCAUCUGCAGGUUACAAAAACAUGAGAACAGCCCUGGGCAAUAUCUAUUAGGUGUCAAAUGAUUCAAAUUUGCUCAACCUGUCAAUAACUGCUUUAGUUCUAAGUUGACAAUUUGAGUAUUUCCUCUUAUGAACAAUAAAAAAACAACAACUUUAAAACAGACACAUUGAAACACAGGCCCAAAAGUGAAAAAUCAUAAAGUGUAUACACCUGUAAUCACAAACAGAAAAGUUAUAGAACCUGUGAUCACCAACACUAAACGGAGUCCACCUGUGAUUUUCAUGGUUAUUAAAUGAGCUGUAAACAGUACAACUGUCUCAGUUUUGGACCAGUGGACCGCAGCUAUCUCCAUGUUUGCCUCAUGGCUCCAUAUGGAGGAGAAAAAUUACCAGAGGAACUGAAAAAUCUGAUCAUUAGACUUCACAACUGUGGAAUAGUAUACAGGAGGAUUAGUUGCAUCAAUGAGGAGGUGCAGGAGGAACCUAGUACCACUGAUCAGAGCUGCAGUGGAGGAACAAGAAGGACAUUUCUUCAGGGGGAGGUGCAUUGCCUUAAAGUUUACAUUUUUAAAAGGAGACAAGAGGAGUCUGGGUGGAUUUUAAACGCACAAAUCCUGACAGAAAAAUCUAUUCAAAGAGCACCGAUAGCAACUCUUUGCUUAGAUGGUUCUCUCUUUGUUUUGUUUUGUUUUUAACCAGGUUGGCUAUGGUUUCUAGGCUAUUGUUAGCAGGGCUGAAUGUUAUCCAGAUCCAACAAACACACGUUCUGCUGUCCCGUUAGCUUUACUUGUGUUUUCCUGAAUAAAUAGUUUACGCGGCGUUAGCUCUGUUAGCUCAAAGUUUCUAAACUGCAUUGAUCUUCUAGUUUCGGUCAGUUUCCCUUCAGUCUUAUAUAUCAGUAUUUUUGUACACGGUUCUACAAACCUGCUGUGUAUUGUGUUAUCUGUGGUUUCCAGAUGUUAUCCAGCAGUCUGCGCUGACGAUCGAUCUCCUCCUCGUACUGGACGAUGGUUUUCUCAAACUCUGUGAAUAUUUCUUCAGCAGCAGCAGUUAGUCGCUGGUUGAUCAACUCUCUCAGAUUCUGGACUGAACUCAUCUUUACUUCAUCUGAUCAAAUAUUGAUCUGAGAUGAGACAAAACAACUGUCCUCCAGCUCAGUCCACACACCAGGAAAACCAAAGCUCCUGGCGGCUGUUUCUUUCCGCCUGGUGUCACACUGUGAAGUUCCGGCGGAAGUAGAAGAGGAGGAAGAAGAGGAGGAUGAAGAGGAGGAGGACAGCAGUUGGGGGUCACCAGGAGGCCUGAACACAGCGGAUCAGUGGGAACCGUUCGUCUGUUAAAACGUUUUCCAGUGAAAAAGCAGCGACGGACUGAAUCUGCAGGAGCCUGAAGAUCAGCUGAAUGCAGCAGCUUCUGAAUAAGUAAGGAGGCCUGCGAGGGUCAAACCAACCAGGAUGCUGCAGCUGUGUAAAGUCACCAGCGCCCUGUUCAUCAGUAACGCCCGCUCAGCCUGCAGCGACGAGCUCAUCCAGCAGGAGGCGGUGACGCUCUGCAUCAACGUGUCCAAGCAGCAGCCGUUUCCCUCCGCCAGCAUCACCAAGCUGCAGAUCCCGGUCUACGACGACCCCAACGAGGACCUCUACAGACACUUCGACCGCUGCGCCGACGCCAUCCAGAAGGAGGCGAACCGCGGAGGACGCAGCGUCGUCUACUGCAAGAACGGACGCAGCCGCUCGGCCACCGUCUGCAUCGCCUACCUGAUGAAGCACCGCAGACUGACGCUGACGGAGGCCUUACAGAAAGUGAAGACGGCUCGUCAUGUGAUCGAUCCGAACCCCGGCUUCAUGUCUCAGCUGCAGAGAUACGAAGAGGAGCUGAAGAGGAGACGAGAAAGAUCCAACAGUGAGUCUGAUGACUGCAGCUGUCGGCCAGAAGUCCACUGCAGAGGCAGCUGAAUGACAUCAAGGAGAAAAGCAGCCGGACCAGUCAGCAGCAAUACCAAGGCCUUCCUGUUUUAGAUGGUGAGAUGGCAAGGGAAGCUGGUUCUUUUGAACUGGUACCUUCAACCUGAAUUUUUUACUUUGUAUGUGCCAAGUUCUUAUUCCUGAUGUAUGACUCUGUUACUGUGAUGAGGUCUACAGCUGGUAUCUGCUCUGGUGUUUCUGUAAAGUUCAGCCCCUAAGACAUGCUUUUCUGGUUCAGAGCAAAUUCUUGACCCACUUUUUAUGAAUGUCCAUUGUGUUGCGUUAUCCUUUUUCUCCACACCAGUUCAUUUGACUAGAGAAUUGUGGUUAUGUUACAGUCUGGAUUAUACAAUUCCUGUGAAUGCAAGAAGUGACCUGUGGAAAAAGGAUGACAAGCAAACAGCUGGGCACUUCGUGAGAAAGGGUGAAGAACUUUGACAGAGAGCUCACCCAACCAGAAAAGGAUGUCUUACGUAAGGGGCUGAACUUUGUGGUAACACCAGAAGAGAUGCUGGUCAUAGACAACAUGACAGCAACAGAAUGAACCAUGAGACCCAAAAGUUUGCCAAAUAACUCAAACUGAAGGUAUUAGUUGCCAUGAUUCAAGCUGGCAUUGUAAAACAGAGACCAGAGCACCAACAUCUCACCAGGCAAUAAAGGAAGAUGCACAGUUUUGAUCAAUAAGCUCAGGUGAUUAUCAUGCUAAGGUCACUAGUCUUCUCAAUGACAUGGUUACCUCUGAGACAAUGAGGCGAGAUACAACCAGCACCUACAAGAAAAAGAUGAUGAACUGGCUAUAACAGCUACAAAAAGACAAUGCCAAUGACCAGCCACUAAAUUAAAGUUUUUACAUCGAGGAGGCCAAGCCUUGCAUUUAUGAACUCAAAGAUACACCAAAAAAGACAUCAUCAGCAACAUCAACUCAGUUACUUAGUAUAUUUCCAAACAAUCCCCACCAGUACUAAGACUCCACAUCAGAUCACACACUCCAGGAUUUUGCCAGUAAGGCUAAAAAAACAUAAACCUGAUCUCACUUGAUAUCAUGUCAUGCACUCUUUGCAUGCAUUCCCACCCCAGAAGCAGUCAAGACUACAGAAUCGACUGCUGCAGUAAAGUGCUCAGAACCAACUUCACCCCAGAUGCAUAUUUUCCUGCUCAGUCUUUGCCUGAUGACAACCUUCUGCCUAUAAAGAAGGUGGUUUCGGCUGUGUUUCUGCAGAUAUAAUCUCCAAUGUCCUUCACAUGAGCUGUUCCACCUGCUGGUUCAGGUAUGUGAAUCAAUGUAGUGGACAGCAACAUCAAGUUUACUCAGAGGGAUGCCAGAGGAAACAGUUUGUCCUUCUUGGACUGCACAGAGCACUGUGACAGAAACAUAAACAUCGACACAAAACUCACCCAGGUCAAGGAGGAGCACUCAAAAUGUCUGAUUACCCAAACAGGGAUUUAUCAAAAUCCCCAAAACACCCUGAACAGACAAGGGGAACCAUGAACAGAGCAACAUUCCUUGUUUUGAAGCACUUUCUGACAAACUCCAGAAGAUCUUCGACAAACACCACAUAUUUGUGCCCCAAAAAUACACUGAGGCAGAAGUUUGAGGAUCAAAGACCCGGAUAUAAGCAGAAUCUUAGCAGUCCACCUACAUCUGAAGGAAAGAAGACUGGAGGACAACAAUGGACACCAUUUGAUCUGAGAAAAACUGUUGGAAAGAGGAGUGAAGGAAGCAUUCUACAUCAAACUGGAACGACCAUUACUAAACCAACUUAUGUGACACCAUUUACCACAUACUUACAAUGCAGUCCUGAGAUAACUCUCCAGACAGAUUAACACCCAUUCACAGCUCGACUCAGGGAACUGUGAUAACUAACAUGAGGCCAGGUGGGUCACCAUAAACCACACUGGAGCCUAAACGGCUGAGGUUCCCCACCACUUAGAACUUCAGAAGCCUUUCGGAUGAAAAGUCUUUAAGAACCUCAAGCAAGUCCAGCUGCCUUAGAUUUAGCAGAUGUCUUCAUUUGAAUACAAAACCUCAAGUAGGAAAUAUAAGUCAUUUGGUUUUUUUUGUUAGUUUUUUUUUUUUUUUUUACUGAAAUACUUAAAUUUAAAUGAUCUUUUAGUUUAGUCUUGUAUCAGAUUUAAUCUCUAAAUUCAAGGAUUUUCGUCCAGUGGAUAGUAACAGUGUCUUGUUCGGCAGUUCCAGAAUGAGUCGAACUAAACUUGGCAGAAAUCUGAAAUUCUUUAAAAUCAUUUGUGUCUCUUUCAGUAUCUGUUGCUGUACAGUAAAUAACUGUAAUAAAGUUUCUAAUUGUCAUUUAAUGUGUUUGAGGGCUCAGUUUUUGGGUGUCUGAACAGUAAAAACGCACCCAG